GCGUGUAAUAUGAUAUAAGUGUGUUUACUGAUACAACCCAUCUGACGGUUUCUUCUUCCCUUGGAACCAAAUGUUAAUUUGCGCAGACCCCUCGCACGGUGGUGACAGAUGCAUUCGGGUGACAAUUCAUCAUUGUUUCUUUGACGGAACAAGGCAAAGACAACCUCGUCUUAGAUUUGGGAAAGUUCAUCUUUACAACAAUUACACUCGAAACGGGGCUAUAUACGCUGUUUCGCAGAUAUACUCUCGGUGCAACAUUUAUGAAGCAGGAAACAAGAAAAAGACUUUCGAAUACCAUACAGAAAAGGCAGCAGACAGAGAAGUGGCGAAGGCCGGCUUCAUAUGAUCCGAUGGCGACGUAUUCCUCAAUGGAGCUCAAUCAUGCACGUUUGCAGGGUUCAGUGAAGAAUGCAUGUUCCAUCCGAGCGAAUUUUAUCCACAUUGGACUAUGGAAGCAGCCUCAGCUUCCCUUAAAGCCAUUCACCAAAUUCUUACCGGCUGGCAAUCCAUUCAGCAGCUGGCCCAGCAGGCGGAAACUGUAUAAUUUUUUUUUUAUCACUACAUGUGCAACAGGAUUUUAGAGGUUCCAUCACAGAAUAGCUUUUGCAUUCAAAUGUAUACAUCUUUGUAUAUGAUCAUUUGGCUUGAACUGAAAACUUUGAAAACUUCUGAAUCGAUCUGAAGGGACGGAGUGGAAAAUAAAUGAAUCAUAUAGAUUGUAUACUGUGCAAUUGACAUCUUCAAGUAAUUCCCUCAACUUCCCGUCCUCU